AUUCGGUCGGUAGAUGUUUCGUUUUCCUACGUUGAGCUAUCGUGUAUCGAAGGGGUAGCUCCGUUUAUUUUUAAAAGUUGAGUUGCGAAGCAUCAUAAUACCUUAGAAUUUGUCUUACAAAAUGUCUUUUUAUUAUUAUUUUUGGGUGCUGAAAUACACAUGAACAUGCUACCAAGCUUCAGUAUAAAUUUGAAAUAUAAAUGUUUCAGAAAGAUGUGCAAUACUUGUUGAUACGAAUAAUUUAUUAUCAAUGCUUUAUUACUUUCAGAAAAAAUUUUACGUUUUAUGUAAAUCCGAUCUAUGUUUCAGAGAAACUAGACUGAUGAGUUACUAUAUUUCAUCACAAAACAUAAGCAUAAUGAAAAAGUUUUUAAAAAGUGAUAGGUUUAAUAAGUAGAAGAGAAAUUAAGAAAUUAUCCAUAUAUGAUAACUAACACAAUUACAGUAACUGUACUUUAUGGCAUCUUCAAAAUGUUCCUCAAUAAUGUGUUUGGACCUAGUGUUAUGACGGAAUGGCAAGAGGAUGGCUUUGUUCUACAAUGCUGAGACGGUGUUCUUCUCAUCUCUUCAAAACUGUCGUUUUAUUAUUUGUUGUGUCAUUCCUUUGGCUUCAGUUGAGAAUAGUCAAUCUGAAGCCAGACCUUUUUGUGUCUCACAGAAAUCACUACAGUGAUCCAGAAUCAGCAUUUUUUGCCAAUUAUAGUGCCAUUUUAAAUUCUGUCAAUUCAACAACGCCAUCAAAUCUUCUAAUGCUGCUUAGUACUAUUGAAGAAAUAAAUGCUUUACAGACUGUGAAUAAUUUAGAAAAGUUUGGUCCACUUAAUGAAAAUGAUGUAGUUAUUGUGGUACAAGUGCAUAACAGAGCACAAUAUCUGUAUGCAUUGAUUGAGUCUUUAAGACAAGCACAAAAUAUUAAUCAAACUCUUUUGGUUUUUAGUCAUGAUUUAUUUGAUGUUCACAUCAACAUUCUUAUACAAAGAAUUGAUUUUGCUAAGGUCAUUCAAAUUUUCUACCCAUAUUCUAUUCAGUUGCAUCCAAAUGAAUUUCCAGGACAUGAUCCAAAUGAUUGUGCUAGGAAUAUGAAAAAAGAAGAGGCAUUAAAAAAGAGCUGCAAUAAUGCUAAGCAUCCAGAUUUGUAUGGUCACUACAGAGAAGCUAAAUUUACACAAACAAAACACCACUGGUGGUGGAAGGUAAAUCACCUGAUGGAUGGAUUGCACAUCACAAAUGGGCAUAUAGGCCCUGUUCUUUUACUGGAAGAAGAUCAUUAUGUUGCACCUGAUUUUCUUUAUAUACUUAGGAUGAUGGAUAACCUUAAAAUAACGAAGUGCCCACAAUGUAAUAUCUUGUGUUUAGGAACAUAUGUAAAGUCCUAUAAUUAUGCUGCUUUUAGCAAAAAAAAAAUAGAAAUUGUAAAAUGGCUGUCUAGCAAGCAUAAUAUGGGAAUGGUGAUAAACAGAACAUUAUGGGAGCAAAUUAAAAAAUGUGCCAAGGCAUUUUGCUCCUUUGAUGAUUAUAAUUGGGACUGGUCCUUACAGCAUGUCAGUUCAACUCGUUUACCCUCCCCGUUAACUGCCAUGGUAGCCAUUGCUCCUCGAGUCUUUCAUAUUGGAGAAUGUGGAGUGCACCAUAGAGGAAAAGAUUGUAGCAGUGACCGUGUUGUACACAAAGUCAUGCGAGUUCUUCUGUCCUCCAAUCAUCAUCUUUUCCCAUCAACUCUCACAGUUCACCAAAGUUUCAGGAAACCAUUUAAAGCACCUAAGGGCAAUGGUGGCUGGGGUGAUAUAAGAGAUCAUAAUUUAUGUUGCAGUCAAGUGAAAAAUUCAAGCAUUGACUGUAGCUAGAUAAUAGAAUCAUCUAGUCUAUGUGCAAUCAUUCCUUCACAACUUGUAUAUUUCCUAUUUUAUUAUCCAAGAUGCAUUUACAAGUGCUAAAAUUUGGAUAAAAUUAAAGGUUUUGUAAGUAUUC